AUGGUUGAGAAUGCUGCUCAGGGUCAGCACAUCGGCGACCUGCCUGACACACCUCCCAGGCUCAGUCCUGUGGCAGAGGAGCGCAACCGACAGAGGAUAAUCUCGUUCAAGGUCACUCACAUACUUCUGACGCUCAUUAUUUUAUGGUUAACAGUUGUACAUAUCAUCGGCAUUCUCUUCUUCGCCAAAGGUUUUCUUCUCACUAGGCUGGUGUUGGACAACAGGUCUCAAUGUGAUAUCGAUCCCUAUGAUCAGCCAACCCCUGACGUCGACGGCUGCUGGCAUCCCAAGACUUUCGAUCGAGCAGUUAUCAUAAUAAUCGAUGCUUUACGAUACGAUUUCACCAUCCCUUCCCAUCGUUUCUCUACCGAGCCAGAGCAAAAGUUUUACCUGAAUAACCUCCCUAUCUUCCACGAGAUCGCUGCUUCGAGUCCCGCUAAUGCAUUUCUCCUGCCCUUUAUUGCCGAUCCUCCAACGAGCACGCUCCAGCGAUUGAAAGGCCUCACGACUGGCACACUCCCUACCUUCAUUGACAUUGGCUCGAAUUUUGCUGGCACGGCGAUCGAAGAAGAUAACAUCGUUUCUCAAUUGAAGGCUGCGGGAAAGACGAUUGUACAGCUCGGAGACGACACGUGGCAUUCUCUAUUCCCUGGAUAUUUCGACCCGAAUAUGACGCGGCCAUAUGAUUCUUUUAAUGUUUGGGAUCUUCAUACUGUUGACAAUGGGGUUGUGGAGCAUAUUAUGCCUUUACUCGAGCAGUCUCCGGUGCAGUGGGACGUUAUCUUUGGACAUUUCCUUGGGGUCGAUCACGCAGGUCAUCGAUACGGACCAAACCAUCCAGCCAUGGCCGAAAAGCUCCGCCAGAUGAAUGGAGUGGUUCAGCAGAUCAUCGACAAGCUCGAUGAUCGGACGCUCCUUGUCAUAAUGGGUGAUCACGGUAUGGACACGAAAGGAGAUCAUGGCGGAGAGUCUGAUGAAGAGAUCGAAGCGGCUCUUUGGAUGUACUCGAAGCAGCCUCGGUUCGGAAGAAUCGACAGAGACGCCCUAUUACCGCCCGCCACUGCUAAAGAGCGCCCUGUUGGUCAGAUCGAUCUCGUCUCAACCCUGUCUAUCCUGCUUGGCCUACCUAUCCCGUUCAAUAAUCUUGGCAUGCCUAUCGCUGAAGCUUUUCUCGGAUCAGGAGAUACGGACUGGAAAAAUCUCGCCGUGGUGGGACGUUGGGCUCAGGGUCAGAUUUCAAGAUAUCAAGAGCACUAUUCUGUCUCGCGUGACUUGGGUCUCCCUGACGAAGCCUACACCAUCCAGACCAUGUAUCUUGCCGAAUCAACAAAGGCCUACGAGGAUGGCCGGUGGGAAAGCUCAUAUCGUGCUCUUGUCAAUUGGCACGGGGAAGUAAUCUCUAUGUACAGGCAGCUGUGGGCGAACUUCAACCUGGUAGAUAUGCUGAUUGGGGUUUUGCUCUCGGGCUCUGCACUCGCCCUCCUCUUGUUUGCUGUCUUCCUCAGAGGAGACAAAGCCGGACUUGCUGCUGGACUGAUCCGAAGCAUAGGACUUGGCACAGCUACGGGCGCUGGGCUGGGAGCUUUGCUCGGCGUUGUCUUGCCAGCACAUCUCACAGCAGUGGCUGGUGUUGUUAUCGGCGCAGGUGCAGGAGGCGUCGUUGGAGCUGCCUUCUGGUCCCACUGGCACCACUUCGCCCCCCGGUCGUACUUACCAUCCACAUGGGGUUGGAUGAUGUUCAUCUUCUCCGUUACCCAGUCGGCAGGAUUUGCGUCGAAUUCCUACACCAUUCACGAGGAUACCAUUCUUCUGUUCUUCCUGGGUUCGUUCGGUCUUGUAUCACUAGCCUCUUCUUUACGCCAAGCAUCCAAAGCUGAUCGAGUCUUGGGGACCUACCAGUCAGUUGUUUUCAUCCUCCUCACUCGAGCUUCCUCAUUCUCGGCCCUUUGCCGCGAGGAGCAAAUGCCAGGAUGCCGUUCCACCUUCUAUGCUUCAACCAACUCCUCAACAUCAGCGCCAUGGCAACUGCUCAUACCAUAUUCUGUGGCUCUGAUAAUCCCAGAGAUUAUCAAAGCUUUCUACAAGGGCACUGCGUCGUACGCGGCAUCUGCCGGCUUCUGGAUAGGCUUCAGUGUCCGGAUGGGUUUGCUGCUCACCGCCGCCUAUUGGACGGUGGAUGCCGCCGACAACGGCGAGUGGCUGGUCGAUACGAUCUCAUCUAGUACUCUCAAGACGAUCGGCAUUACGCUGGCCCGGUGUUCCCUAGCGGUCGCUAUACCUGUCGGGAUAGGUACCUUUGUCUGGGCGAAGCCCUGCAUCGACAUCUCUAUAGCCGAACCGAAAGUAGCUGUGGACGAAUUUGGCAAGCCUGCUCGACCCCAGCUGACCAUAUUUGGCUUCGCGAACGUCUAUGGAAGUCGUUACUUCCUCAUGGUGCCCGCCCUGGUAUUGACACUGUGCCUGCUCCUUCCACCCAUGGGCCAGUAUUCCGUUGCCAUUCUAACCUGGCAGAUCCUGUGUCUGCUCGAGAUCUUGGAUACUAACGGACUGACUGUCACCUCCACCAAUAAGUCUAGUGUCGGUCCGAUCAUGCUGGCAAUCCUUGGAUCCUACCAUUUCUUCAAGACUGGACAUCAAGCAACAUUGGCUUCCAUCCAAUGGAACUCGGCGUUCGUCCCCUUACGCACGAUCCGAUACCCUUGGUCUCCGCUGCUGGUUGUUUACAACACCUUUGGGGCUCAGAUUAUAUGCGCAGCAGCGGUCCCAUUGACCGUCCUGUGGAAAAGACCAAUAGAGAAGGCUGGACUGCGCGGGCUCCUAAACGACGUACUGGGCGCUUGCCUGACGCACACGCUGUACUACGCAACUAUUCAGCUGGCAACAACCUUGUGGGCGGGACACCUGCGGCGACAUCUGAUGUUAUACAGGGUUUUCAUGCCUAGGUAUCUCAUGGCCAGCGGGGUACUCCUCAUUGUCGAUGUGGUCCUGGCUGUUGUUGCCUUGGCUGGCGUUAGGGUCGUUGGACUCAGUGUGGGCGAGGUCUUCGGCUACUGA